UUUGUGUUCUGCGCCCGACAGAAUCAUCCUCGUGCGUCGAACGAAGGCACCGUUUUGUGUUCUGUUAAGAAUUCCACACCAUUCCUUUGCUACUUCCGUAAAUUAAACAGCAACGAUGAAGUUUCCGUGGUCACAUACUUCCAUUGUAGAUAUGAUCAAAAAUGAUCAUAAAGUACACGAUAAAUGUUCGCACGUGACGAUUGAAAUUGCCAACGGGAAGCUGGAUAUUGCAACGUUCGUCGAAGAGCUAGGACCCGCACUGACGCACACAGAAUCCGAAAUCCGAACGAAAGGCGUUUCGUUGCUAACGAGUGUGUUGCAAGCCCUGCCAGCCGAUUGUCUAAACGCGGAACAGAUCACGUUCCUGUGCGCCUUCUACACCGACCGUGCCAAGGAUCAUAGUACCGUCUACCCGACCGUGGUAGCAGGACUGCACGCACUCGUGCUUAUGAGCAACUUCACUUCUACCUCCGCCGUACCCGUGCUGAAAGCACUUUUUACGGAUAUUACAUGCCAAUGCCUGAAGAAACCGGAACGCACACUACACCUGGAGACGAUCAUGGCUCUAUCGGAAAGGUACGAAGAUGUGUUGAAACAAUGGGGCGCCGAUUUCGUAUACGGUGUGAUUGGUGCAAUCGAGGGUGAACGCGAUCCCCGGAUACUGUUGUAUCUGUUCGAGCGUAUGCCAACCUUUAUCCGCACCUUUCCAAUGCACCAUUUAGCCGAGGAAAUGUUCGAAACGCUGGCCUGCUACUUUCCCAUCGAUUUCCAUCCGAACCCGAACGAUCCCAGCGACAUUACUCGGGAGAAGCUCGCCGAACGGCUCGCCAACUGUCUGUGCGCAACGUCCGAGAUGGCAGUGUUCGCGAUUCCAUUGCUGCAGGAGAAGCUAGAUAGUAGCCUUCUAUCGGCGAAGCUCGAUUCGCUCGCACUGCUUGGCCGCUGUCUGCCACUACUCGAAGUACCUCAGGUGGAGGAACACUUCGACGACCUGUGGAAUGCGCUGAAAGAGCAACUAUUACCGAGACCACCGACUAGCGUCGACAAGGAAUUACUCGAGGCGGGCUUAACGGCCACCCGGGAGCUACUGAAACAAGCAUCGAAAGAUGAAACAGCCGCAAAACAACUGCUCGAUCAGAUACUGUUGAGCGUGAUGGCGCAUCUUACCGAUGCAAACUCAAAGCAUUUCGAGAUGAGCCUACAAGUGGUUCUGAGCUGUGGUCGGGGUAGUGAAUAUUGUGCGGUGUACAUCACUGGUAAAAUGGUACCGAUGUUGCUUGCACAGUUGAACUCGGAUUCGCACAUCGAACUGCGCCUACAGAAUGUGCUACUAGAUGGCUUGCAACGCGUGAUGGCAAUCUGUGCCGAAUGUUUCUGCAUCGGUAAGCUGGAUUCUUCGCUGGUGGAAAAGGUUCAACGGCAAUUUGUUCAAAUUUUGCAAUCGGCCGGAGCACAGAUCGGCGACCAGGUCAAAGUAGCACUCAAAGCCGUUGCCACUGCGCCGGAGAUGGUCUUGAGUGAGAACCGUUAUGUCGUUUACAGUGCGCUGGUGGCGAUGUUCCUUAACGCGAACUGUUCUAAUACGGAUACGGCAGAGGAAUGUCUUCUAUCGCUAGUCAUUCGUUAUCAAGAGGAAGUGAAGACGGUUGUCCUGCAGCAACUGUUGAGUUAUAACUUGGCCACGGUUGACCUUACGCUCGUGCAACGCCUGUUUAAAACCUUCGGCAAAUUCAUCCUUUACCAUGGUUACACGUAUAAAAUCGUUGAUUUCCUUCUCAAGAAGAUUUUCGCCGUGCCAUUGGAUGAACGGUUGGCAAUCGUUUCCAUGGAUACGCUCACCUUAGCAGUAGAAGAUGGGCGAUGGGAUGAGCUGGCCAAAGGUGAGCUGUACGUGCAGUAUAAGCUGAUCGAUCGAUUCUUCGAUUACGUGAACGAUCAGCUUAGUUCCGACUAUAUGCACAGCAUGGCUCUUCUGAUGGUGGCGGUCGUCAAGCGGUUGUCAGUGGAGGAACAGAAAGAAUUGAUUCUUAAACGUUUACCACCGUUGAAAUUGCAGCACCGUACCGAUCUGUAUCUGGUGUCAGGAUUGUUGGGCUAUUUGGAUUCCAGUGUACCGCUUGUUGAUCAUUUUGAGAGUCUCGUUACGGAUUUAACACAACUAGCUCUUACCACGGACGAUGAGAGAGUUCGCGGCCUCUGUAACCAGCUACUGUGCAGUCUCUUUAAUCGUAUGCCGGACGAUGAACACCAUCGUGGUGUCUUGAAACGGCUGUUGGUCGUCCUAAAAAGUGAACUGAAGAAGCAUAACCAUCAAGCCGUGCUCAUUCUAAGCUGGAUCGGUAAAGGGCUGAUUGCACGUGGGCACAAGGAUGCAGGCGAAAUCGUCGACGACAUCGCUGAGCUACUGGACCAUCCGACCCUUGGCCAUAUGGCUGCGCUGGCGUUUGAAAUCCUAUCAGUCGAAAUCCCGCAACUGCAUCUACCGCUCAUCCGGGGACUGUUCAAACAGAAACUGUUUGUGUGGGUUAUGAAGAAACUCGAGGCACAGCUCGAGCGGUACGCAGAGACGCACCUGAAGGCGCUAGCGUUCGUGUUCAAGGCAACACCGCACACCGUGUUGCGCAUGAACCUGACGAAGGUCGGCCCAAUACUGCUCCGGUGUCUGGCACAGGAUGACGACCGAACAGCACUAGAAGCGUUGACGAUAGUGCUGCGCUUCACCCGGGAAGAGGAGCCUUUCAUAAAGGACCAUCUACAGACAUUGAUACCGGCACUACUGAAGCUGUCCGUACGGCAAUCUUCCAUGAACGUGCGCAUUAAGGCCCUAGAAUGUUUACUGUACAUUUCAUCGUAUCCGACCUUUCUGUUGCUACCGUUCAAAGCAAAUGUCCUUCAACAGCUUCAGAAACCGCUGGAUGACCGAAAGCGUUUGGUGCGAAGUGCCGCGGUCGCUGCACGGCUUCAGUGGUUUAUCGUUGGAGCAGAGGAAACCAAAACCGACAAAUAAGGCUUCACCAGUGUUGGCAGUGGCCGAAAGUUGUGAAUGUGUGUAAGGUAGGGUACUUGGGGUUCUAAAGGGCCCUUAAGCAUUUGUUUCUUUCUUAAACAACACUAAUUUUGUUGCGAAACUAUACAAAAUGUUGACUUCCGAUAUUAUAGUUUUCGUUGCGCUUUUUGUAGACAUAAUAAAAGACGCUCCUUAAAGAAGCUUGCA